GUCAGACAGGAGGGGCCCACGCGGGUUGUCCGCCCCGCUUCAUCCGAGAAUGAACGCCGGACGCGCUCUGGAGGGCGCCGGCUGCGUCACCUGGUGGGGCUUCGGCCCCGCGCGAGACCUCCGGAACACAGGCCCCGGGCGACAGGGGGAGGUGGGGAAUAUUCUGCUCGUGGGCGGUGGUGAUCCGCGACACGUCCUGAAGACUGUUGCCGGGUUAAAGGUCACGGAUCGCCUUCACGUUUGGAUAAUAGAAAACAGCAUGGAGGUGGUGGCCAGACAGCUGAUGCUCCUCUACCUGGCUCUGAUUCCCCAGGAAAGCAUGGGACUGCACGAGAAGACAGAAGUUUUCCUGGAGGUGUUCGGGAACAGUGAGAUUCGCAACCAUACGGAGGAGACAGUGAAGCAGGCAGCCUCACAGCUCCGUCUUUCUGUCACCAACUGCCUAGAGACGCCCGCGCACCCCUGCCUGGACACAACACUGCUCCGAUACAAGGAGCGGGAUGAGCUGGCCCGGAUAUUUAAGACGUGGACUCAGCCUCUGUCAUCCUCUGGAGCCGUUUCCAUUACUCGGGCCUGGGACAGCCGUCUCAGGAGACACCUGGGAACGCGCUAUGACUCCCGGAGGGGCUGCUUCGACUGGGACCUCGCCAUGAAGCUGCACCAGAAAGGGUGUGGUGUCAUCAACAAACAGCAGUACUUUCAGUGGAGAGAACGGGGUUUGGCCUUUGAGAUGAGGGAGGGCGUUUAUCAGAAGACCAACCCCACUUUACUUUCCACCCGAGUGUUCAGCCAUAGGGGUGAGAAGGUGGCAGUGAUGGGUUACUGGGGAGACAUUGUGUCCAGUCCUUACCUCUCUUUUGGCAUCGAGAGCGACAACAAGACUCUGUUCCAGACUCAGAACGGGCAACAUGUCAAGACAGCCCAGGACUUCUCCUUUACAAACAUCGAGGCAUUGUUCCAGUCUUUGGUCUGUAGGAAGCAGCACUCUGCUUCCUCUCAGCCUGACACAGAGAAAACCACGGAGUCGGAGCCUUCACAGACGGAAGCUCACCACAAAUCCGUCACUGUUAACGAUCUGAUUCAUCUGGACGGGGUGUCAGUGACCUUCCUGCCUCUAGAUUCCCUCUCCAAACUACCCGAGAAGCAGAAAUACUCCCAGCUCUUCAACAGCAUCUACUUUGGUGCCAGCCUGGUUCACAAGUUGGACCCUGCGCUGAAGCGGACCGCUGCGCCUGGCGCUGUGCUCAUCGUGGAGUUGGCCAAGUACCUCUUAGACCUGACCAAAGAACAGGAGGCCGGAUUUGCGGAGAAGGUGGUGGACAUGGCCCGAGAAGUGGGGUUUGAACCGUGGAGGGAGGAAAACAGCGAUGACUGUCAUGCUGUGUUUACCCUGCCGAGAGAAGAAACACGAUCCAGACCUGCAGCGACCUGAAACU